GAAUAACCGGAAUUUCUUUCUUUUGUUUGAUUGGACUGAGAUAUCAGAGAAAUAGAUGUGUAGACGUGUAGAAAGUUUUUACUAUGAUUUUUUGGUUUAGUACCAUAGAGAAAUGAAGGGGCACCUAUAAUUAUGUUUCCAUUUUCCUUUCCUUUUCCCAUCAUAUCAGAGAUGAACUCUAUAUCAGUAUAUCUUGACUAAAAUGAGUUUCUCAGCAAUGCAACUGUAUUAGGGAAUAUGUUUUCUAUCUUGUUUUUUCUCGUACUGGAAAACAGGAAAGAAGAAAUUAUUGUCGCAAUUGAAAAUCAAGGGAUUAUUACUACUAGAUACAGAGAAUAAAAAGUAUUUCCUAUUAAGGUAAGAUAAAAUACUUAAUUACCACUAGGUCCACUUUUUACGAAAUACAUUUACCAUUAAUGGAAGUGCCACCCUAAGACAUCCUAGGGUUUUAGGGUACCCUAAAACCUAAGGGUUCCUUAGGGUUUUAGGAUACCAUAGAAUUUUAGGGUACCAUAGGGUUUUAGGAUGCCCUAGGAUUUUAGGGUUUAGGAUACCCUAGGUUUAAGUUUAGGCGUUUUUAUAGAGUCUAGGGUUUAGGUUUAAGCACUUUCAUAGAGGUUUUAGGGUGCACUUUCCUAUCAUAGGGUUUUAGCGAUUUAGGCACUUUUAUAGGGUACCCUAGGGUUUAGGCAUUUUCAUAGGAUACCCUAUGGUUUAGGCACUUUUAUAGGGUACCCUAUGGUUUAGGCACUUUCAGGGUUUAGGGUUUUAGGUACUUUCAUAGGGUUUUGGUUUUUCAUUAAUUGGAGGUGACUUGGUGGGAAAUACUUUUUAUUUUUUGUACCUACUGGUAAAAAGCCCUUGAAACAUUGUCGAAAAUCUCGUUAUGGGUUUGUCUGAACUCAAUGAAUGAAAUGCCAAUCUAGAUUCUUUACACUUGACAUCACUACCCCGGGUAUAUUGAAUUAUAUCUUCUAUUCUUCUUUUACUUAGGAAAAAAGAAAAAAAGAAUCGUAUCUUCUUUCAGGCUGUACUUACAUAGUGGGUUUGUCGAGGGGUUUAUAGAGGAAAAUGAUAAGGCAAAGAAAAAAGAAGAAGAAGAAGAAGAAGGUGUUAAGUGAAGAAUUUAAAUGUACAUGCUUAAUACUCUAUGAUUUGUUUUCUUUUGAUUAAUCCGUCCAUGAAUCCAUGAUCCAAGCACAACCUUAGUAUGAGAUGGAGUGCAAGAGAUCCCUGUGUGUGCUUGACACCUCUAAUUGGAGGAGUUGAGGAAGAAACUUGAAGCCGCUAACUUUUAUGACAUCGUUGCUAAAAAGUCAUUAAAGGAAUUGUUGCACUAUGUGCAGAAGGCUCCCACUGAUAGGAAGGGCUGGAAGAUGUAGUAGGUACUAGGCUAAAUAGUAUUGAGGCCAUGAACAUAAUAUGGCCAAGGCUUCUAACCCCUCCACACCUCAUUCAGCUCAUUAGGAACCAGAAAAACCCUUUGACAGCUCUUCAAAUCUUCAAUGAAGCAAAAUCAAAAUUCCCCAACUACCGUCAUAAUGGUCCGGUCUAUGCUACUAUGAUCAACAUCCUUGGAAGCUCAGGCCGAAUAGCUGAGAUGAAAGAAGUGAUUGGCCAGAUGAAAGAUGAUUCAUGUGAGUGCAGAGAUACGGUCUUUGCAAGUGCAAUCAAGAGGUAUGCAAAAGCUGGGUUGGUGGAGGAAGCCAUCUCUCUGUUUAGAAGCCUUCCCCAAUUCAACUGUGUAAAUUGGACAGAAUCUUUCAAUACACUUCUGCAAAUAAUGGUGCAAGAAUCUGAGCUAGACACUGCUAUUCGCCUUUUCUUAGAUAACUCUCAUCGUUGGGAAGUGAAGUCUCGGACUCGCUGCUUGAAUUUGCUUAUAUACGCUCUCUGUCAAAGGAACCAUUCUGAUCUCGCAUUGCAAGUUUUCCAGGAAAUGAACUACAUGUGCUGCAUUCCGGAUAGAGAAACCUAUCGGAUUCUGAUGAGAGGUUUGUGUGACGACGGGAGGCUAGAUGAAGCCACUCAUUUGCUGUACUCCAUGUUUUGGCGAAUAUCUCAGAAGGGCAGUGGUGAGGAUAUUGUAGUUUACAGAACUCUCUUAGAUGCUUUAUGUGAUCAUGGACAGGUGCAACAAGCUGUGGAUAUUCUUGACAAGGUUAUAAGGAAAGGCCUCAAGUCCCCUAAGCGAUCUCGGAAACAGUUUAAUCUUGACUGCUUUAGCGAUGUUGAGGUACAAGGGGCUAAGGUUUUGAUCCAUGAAGCUUUGAUCGAAGGUUUGGUUCCAAACUCCGAUUGUUACAAUGCAAUGGGUGUUGAUCUUUACACUGAAGGUAAAAUUACUGAGGCUAACAAAGUGCUCUAUGAAAUGAGUGAUAAAGGGUUUCGACCAUCACUUCCAAUAUACAAAGCUAAGGUAUCUGCUUUGUGCAGUGAACGUAAGAUUGAUGAAGCAAUACAAGUGAUUGAAGUGGAUAUGGCGGAGGGGAAUUGUGUUCCCACUGUUGGCAUAUACAAUGCUGUAUUAAAAGGACUGUGUUGUGAAAGGAAAUCUAUUCUAGCUGUUGAGUUUUUCAAGAAGAUAUCUAGACGAGUUGGCUGUGUCUCUGAUGAGGAAACUUACGCGAUUCUAGUAGAGGGGCUUUGUAAUGAGGGUAGAUAUGAGGAAGGCAGCCGGAUUUUGGAGCGGAUGCUAAUUAAGUCAUAUUGGCCAAGUCUUGCUAUUUUUAGUACACUUAUCAAGGGGCUUUGUCCUCUGGGUAGGCUAUAUGAAGCAGGUAUGUGGUUGGAGGAGAUGGUCAGUGAUGGGAAGAUACCGGAACGCUGUGUCUGGGAUUCAUUGGUGACUUCUUUCUGCUCCGAUACGGUUGUCACUGACUUUAUCUCUUCAUUUGUUGAGCAACUAAAGUCACCUUCUUGAUGGAAAAUCGUCUUGAGCGGUAGUUCUCUCUUUUUUUAAGAUGAUGUGGUCGGUUCUGAAAUUUUUGGUUCGAAGUUGUGAAAAUGAAGUAGGAGGAAUUAUUAUACAGAAUGGAGUAAGGGGAAACUGAACGAAGCCAAACUCUUAUCUCUAUUUCUUUUCACCUCUAGCCAUAUAGUGCCGCCCGGCCACAACAAGAAGUGUAACAUUUUCCACUGUGUACCAUAUGAAGCUCUAAUCACUGUGAGGUAUAACAUUUACCGUUAAGAAGUGUAACAUUUACUACUGAGAGGCGUAACAAUUUUCAAAUACAGACGUAACUUUUUUUU